AUGCCCGAGAAAACGUCUCCUUCAGGCAAGAGGGCAGGAUGCUUGGGGUCGGCCUACCACUCAUGCGCGUCAUGUUGUACUACCACUUUACGAUCUAUCAAAGGUGCAUGCUGUCCAUCCUACAAGCUGUAUGAGGACGACGAGGGUGCCGUCACACCUGUGCGUGCAGAGGCUCCCGUUCUUCAGCCCGUCCCAUACCACACCACCACCACAUCGUUGCAGCCUCAGGUGAGUCAGUGGAAACCCACUGUCCUAGGCCCUCCAUCUAAGGUGAUUGGUAAGACGAGUGACCCCGACGAGAAAAGGGAGCGGGCAGCGGCAGCGGCAGAGCAGAGAGAGGAACAACAUCGCACUCGAGGUCUUGGAAGUUCCGCCCGAGGGAGCUCCUUAGAAGACGCGGGCCGGAAGGACGAGCUGAUUGGUCGAAUAGUAGAAGUGUACACAGCCAACCGAGAGGACCCACCGUUGGGGCUCAGGCUCAUGUCGGUGAAGCAGCUCCGUGAGCACUAUCAGACUUUGAAGCAACGAUUUGAUACGAAGCAUUAA